AUGAGUAGGCCGAGUUCUCUUAAGGAUGCUUAUGUGAGUGUUGCGGAUCUGUACCGUGUUCAGCAGCUUCAGCGAGGGUCUUAUGAGCUAGCGAGGAAGAGGACCGAGAGUGGAGGCUCCUCCACCUUUAAGAAGCCACGACCGAGUUUUCAAGCUAAGAAUGUGUCAUCUUCGACCCAAGGACCCAACCGGAUGGAGCAAGGAAAUCAAGUCAAGACAUUUCCUUGUCAUCGAUGUGGAAAGGUGCAUGCCGGUCAGAACUGCAGUGGCCAAGCGUUUAAGUGCUUUCGUUGCGGAGAUAGGGGUCACAAGGUCGCUGAGUGUCCCCAGCAAGCCAAUCAGAGGGCGUUGCCACCACCCCCAGGAGCCGGAGGAGUAGCUGGAGGUAGUUCGAACCGCGGAGCAGCUGGAGCCAGACCAUCAGGGAGAGUCUUUGUGAUGGGGCGUUCGCAAGCGGAGUCCGAGGGUUUAGUGGAGGAGGAGCUAGCAGGUAAUCCUUUUCUAGCCCUACCCUUGUCUUUAGUACGCAUCUUGUUCCUUGUUGCCUUGUGUGUUGUCUUGUGUUUCUUCGUUGUCUACUUGAGUUACUUGGCUAUCCUUGACAUGUUUUUGCCUUGA